AUGCCACGACCGGGCAAGAACUCGUACAGUGACCAGAAACCUCCAUACUCAUACAUCUCCCUGACCGCCAUGGCAAUCCAGAACUCAUCAGAGAAGAUGCUCCCCCUCAGUGACAUCUACAAAUUCAUCAUGGACCGCUUCCCUUACUACCGUGAGAACACACAGCGCUGGCAGAACUCUCUUCGCCACAACCUCUCCUUCAACGACUGCUUCAUCAAGAUCCCACGACGCCCAGACCAGCCGGGCAAAGGCAGCUUCUGGGCACUUCACCCAGACUGUGGCGACAUGUUCGAAAAUGGAAGCUUUCUGCGCCGCCGCAAGCGCUUCAAGGUCCUCCGGAUGGAGCACGCUGCUUGCAAGAGUGCUCCUAUUCUGCACCCGUAUCACCCUCACGCCCAGCAUCAUCACCCACAUCAUGCUCACCAGCAUGCAGGAAAGUUCAGCAUGGGACACCCUGAUUACCUGGGCACCAUGGGACGACUCUCACAUUUCCAGAGCUAUGCCCUGGGGGGUGGACAGACCGGAGGUUUCAAGCAUCCCUUUGCUAUUGAGAGCCUGAUCGGACGAGACUACAAGGGUGUGAUGGCAGGUGGGCUUCCUAUAGCUUCUGUCAUGCAUCACCUGGGCUACUCAGUGCCUGGAGUGGUCAACUCUGUCUGGCCGCAUGUAGGUGUCCUGUCUGAGGCAACGCCUGUGUCAUCUGAGUACCCACCGUUUGGGGUGACAGUCAAGGGGUUGUAUCAUCAUUCAGGUAGUCCUACUAUGCCAGCCGUGCCUGUUCCUAUCAAGCCCACCCCAACAUUAGGUGCCAUGCCUUCUUUGACAGGCCUGGCAUCUGGAACGGCUCAGUUGUGCAGCAGAAUGGACAGAGAAGUGACAGAUCUGAUGGAGGACAAAAACGGAGGACUUCACGCAUCUCUUCUUUAGUUUUGAAAUACAGGAUAAAGGCAGCCGUGUCAUGACGGUAUG